AUGACAGAAAAUAACAGCAAAGCGACCCUUUUGGCAGAUGCGCGCAAUUGUACGGAUGGCAUGAAACUCCCGAGAGACUUGUACUCUAGCAAAAUUUCCUAUCUUAUUCGUUGCCACAGAAUUGCGAGCCUGAUCUGUGUCUUUUCCUUACUAUUUCUCAUUGCUGUGACGUGGUUAUUUUCCGUUGAAACUGACCCUGAUACUAUACAAAUCAUUGCAAUUCUUCUUGAUAUUGGUGUACCGUUUGCUGUAUUGGUAAUGAUCAUUAAUAUCUCGAAAUCUCGCAGGAACCUGCCUGUAACUGCUAAGGUGGAGCUUCUCAGAGAAAUUAUUACACAACGCCCAGCUGUUUCUUUAGAACUGUGGGAUGUAGUGGCAGCACAUAUGAACGAUUAUUUGUGUGCUAGCGGUGUAACUUCCUUCCCGCUUUAUUACUAUGAUGGCAACGAUUGCCAUGAUCAUUUUAAGAGCUUGUUUCUAGAUAGCAAUGCACCAUCUCUCGCAGAACUUCCAAGUGAGAUUAGCGAUAAUCAACAUGAUAGUAAUAUUAGGAAUGAUCCUAACAGAGACAUUAGGCCAAUUGUUGAUGAGGCUGUAAAGGUUUAUGAUCAGAGUGUGAAAGAUUAUUGGAGACAACAGCUUAGGGAAGCGUCUUCGCAAUUACCUGAGUAUCCUGGACAAACUUGA